AUGACCAGAGCAUCUUCAGAGCUGCCCAGGUUCCACACUGAUAACUGUCAAUUCUGCAUUAUAAAGGCGCAUACUGAAUUUGGAUCAGUGCUGAGACAAACAUAGACAUGGGGAAAAUGUUGCUUUGGGCGGGUCUGUUCCUGCUGUUGCAUUUCCAUCAUGGAUUUGCCUACAAGCUGGUAUGCUACUUCACAAACUGGUCACAGUACCGGCCUGAGCCUGCUAAGUACAUGCCAGGGAAUAUUGACCCGAAGCUCUGCACACACCUCAUCUAUGCCUUUGCCACCAUGAACAGCAACAAAAUUGCACCCUAUGAAUGGAAUGAUGAUGUUCUCUACAAACAGUACAAUGCCCUGAAACAACAGAAUCCAAAUUUGGUGACAUUAUUAGCCAUUGGUGGCUGGAACUUUGGGACACAGAAGUUCACAGAGAUGGUCUCCAGUGCUGGCAAUCGUAAAAUAUUCAUUGACUCUGUGAUUGAGUAUCUGCGGCUCUAUGGGUUUAAUGGCAUUGACCUAGACUUUGAGUAUCCAGGAUCUCGAGGCAGUCCACCUGAGGACAAACACAGAUUUACCAUCCUAACUCAGGAAAUGCUAAAGGCGUUUGAGGAUGAAGCUGCAGCUACUAAUCAAUCACGUCUCCUGAUGACUGCAGCUGUGUCUGCAGGAAAAGGAACCAUUGAUGCAGGAUAUGAGAUUGCUGAAAUAGGAAAGACCCUGGACUUCAUUAGUGUUAUGACUUAUGAUUUUCAUGGUGGCUGGGAUCCUGUCUCUGGACACAACAGCCCUCUGUGCAAGGGAUCCAAGGACACUGGAGACUUUCAGUAUUUUAACAUUAGAUAUGCUAUGAAUUACUGGAAAGAUAAUGGAGUCCCUGCACAGAAGCUUCUGAUAGGGUUCCCUACUUAUGGAAGGACAUUCAGAAACCCAAAUCCUAGCAACUGUGAUGUGGGGAUCCCUGUAUCUGGAGCUGGCUCCGCUGGGCAAUACACACGCGAGGCUGGCUUCUGGGCCUACUAUGAGAUCUGCACAUGGCUCAGUGGCACUACAAUUAACUGGAUUGCAGACCAGAAGGUUCCAUACGCCUGCAAGGGAAAUGAAUGGGUUGGAUUCGACAACCAAGAUAGUUAUGAAUGUAAAGUUAAAUUCUUGAAGGAAAGUGGCUUUGCUGGUGCUAUGGUCUGGGCAAUUGAUCUGGAUGAUUUCUCAGGAACUUUCUGCAACCAAGGAAAAUAUCCUCUUAUCAGUCACUUAAAAUCCCUCCUUGAAGGCUCUGUCACAAAAUGUCCUGGAAAUCCUUGUGACAUUGUUCCAACAGAACCUCCAAGUCCAACAACUUCUGGAGAAACAACUACUUCCCAAGCAAAGCCAACUCCUGGAGAAACAACUACAUCUACAACAACCUCUGGAGAUGAGGUUGACCCUAACUUUUGCGCAGGAAAAAGUGACGGACUGUAUGAAAAUCGUAUUAAUUUUAACCGUUUUUACAUAUGCGCUGGAGGAAGCACAUACCCGAUGAAGUGUGCAGAUGGGUUGGUGUUUGAUGAAGCAUGCAAAUGCUGCAACUGGCCAAAGACCUAUCUGUAGUAGUGUGAAGGCAGUUUAAUAAACAUACACCUUCCUAUAAAA